CAGAGAUACAGAGAGAGAGAGAUGAAAAAGCGGAACUUAUUCAGUCUCUCUCUGUGCCAUGAGUUCAGUGUGUAUCUGCCGAGACGUAACCGGCACCGGCAGCUUUGAACUACGUAACCGCUAGAUAGUUUACUAACCAGGAAUCCGAAGAAGAAGAAGAAGAAGAAGAAGAAGAAGAAGAAGAAGAAGAAGAAGAAGAAUUUUACUUCUCUGACUUACUUUUAAGAAGUUUCCGUCGCUCAUAUUGCUUCUCUCCUGCGGAGCCAGUGAACGAUUUCCAAACCGUCUGCAAGAAAAAGGGGACAGACAGAGAAGCACGUUUUAGGUCAGUGCAGCAUCAUGGGUCUUCCCAGACACCCCUGCCUUCUGUGUUGCCAAAUGAUGGUAUCAAGAGGUCAGGAUCUCCUUUUCUUGUGUGGGAAUUCCUUAUUACCGGUAAUUCCACACUGAGCAGGCAUAUAUUUAUAUAUUUUUUGCAGUGAGUUAGACAUGAACAAAAGCAUGGAUUCAAACGAAUCAUGUAGCAAUACCACCUGCAAUGACACCCUCAUCGUGAAUGGGGAUGGCAAGCCAGUAACAAGCAUCAUCAUGUUUUUGGCUGCCGUGGUGGGAAACCUUCUGGCUCUCUUCAUCCUCGGCGUGCACCAGAAGGAACAUCGCUCAAGGUCUUCUGUCUUCUGCAUCCUGGUGACCGGCCUGGCCCUCACCGACCUGCUGGGCACCUGCCUCCUCAGCCCACCUGUGUUCAUCUGCUACGCCCGCAACAUGUCCCUGAUCAGUAUGGGAGGCACAAGCCUGUGCAAGAUCUUUGCUUUCGCCAUGAGUUUCUUCGGCCUGGCCCCCACGCUCAUCCUGUGCGCCAUGGCUGUGGAGCGCUGCCUGGCCAUCAGCCACCCUUACUUUUACUCCGUACACAUCCGGCGCAGCUUUGCCAAAUUCGCUCUCUUCUUUAUUUAUGUCUUUUCUUUGGCCUUCUGCCUCCUGCCAUACGGUGGCUACGGCAAAUUCAGACAGUACUGCCCUGGGACGUGGUGCUUUAUCGACAUGGACGCCACAGGGGACGACCAGGCCAGCUUGGUGCUGGCCUUCUCUCUGUCCUACUCGUCCCUCAUGGCACUGCUGAUCUUCGCAGUGUUUGUGUGCAACGGUUCAGUGAUUGUCAGCCUGUGCCAGAUGCACCGGAGCCAGGUGAUGCGGCGCAGCUCGGUCGGGUCGACGGGGAGGAGAAGGAAGCUGAACCUGGCCUGGUUCGCACAGGGGGAAGAGGAGGUGGACCACCUGGUGCUGCUGGCGCUCAUCACCGUCAUCUUUGUGGUCUGCUCCCUGCCACUCACUAUCGCAGGCUUUAUCAACGCCAUUCACCCAUUUUGUGGCGACGCGGAGAACCUGACAGCCUUCCGCUUCUACGCCCUCAACCCCAUCGUGGAUCCCUGGGUCUUCAUCAUCUGCCGCAAGUCUGUGUUUCAACACCUUUGCUCUCUGCUGAGCUGCCGCUUCGGCAGAAAAGCUGUGAAGUCGACAGCGCACUGUGCUCUGUCUUUACCCCUUGACGCUCACACUACGCACAACCCCCAAGACGGGACAGUUCCACAGAGCAACAUGUUCUCCAGUUUACCUCUGUGACCCGACAGAAGCUCUCGGGCAGCGCGGGGGUGGCUGGAGGCUCGGAGGCCUUGAUGCCUGAUAAAACAUUGGAGAAAAUUUGUGAAUGAAACGUUAACAUUUGCAUACAGGACUCGCCAUUUUAAGGCAGAAGGACUUUGACAACAAAGUAUCCGUCACAAUGGAAAUCUUUCCCCAUGAACAAACUAUUGCACUGGGUUUUAAACUUCCAUUGACUAAUGAAAACUCUUCCCAAGUUUCAUGGAGAAUUGUGCCAUGAACAAACAGCACUGUAACUUAGCACUAAGAAACACAUGAAAUCAUAUCAUGCCUAUGAAAAAUCGGAAUAUAUGCACUCGGGUAAAAGCUAUAUGGGUAAACAAUAUGCAUGAAUGUAUACUGUCUUCUUUUUUCUCUCAGCCUUUUCUUUAAGACUACUAGGUUGUCCACAUCUACUGAUCCAUGACACGAGAUGCAGGUCACACUCAACAUGAAGAUGACGAUUUAUUUAUAAUUAUAGUAUUAUGUAGUCAGUGACAGGUGAGUGUGAUGUCACUUGGUUUCCCAGACAGGCUAGCAGUAGCCUUAAUCCAGAGUAGUUAACUAGAGACCCUUCCCUAUCUCUACCCCCCUACUUCGAACUCGGCCUUCAUUUUGAUCUCAACUAGACACCUGUAAAGUUUUGUGACUGCAUCUUGCACGACAGCAUGCCAACAUGCUGAUGUUUAGAAGGUACAAUGUUCCCCAAUCUUAGUUUAGCAUGUUUCCUUGCUAACAUUUUCUAAUCAGCACUAGACACAGAGUACAGCGGAGACUGAUGUCAUCAGUUUUGCGGAUAUUUUGUCAUAAACCAAAGUACUGAACAAACGUUUUGACCCGAUGAUGGAACUAAAUGAAAACUGCUAAAUUCACCAACGUUAUCAUAAUUCAUUAUCUUAGCACCAUAGAGAACUGUGCCAAAUAUAUGGCAGUCCAAGCCAUUUCAACCUCAGGGUGGCGUUCAACAAAAAGUCAGGGGAUCACCAAGAGUCAUCAGGCUUCAUUUUCUCAGGAAACAUGAACGUCUGUACCAGGUUUUCUGGCCAUCCAUCCAAUAGUUGUUGAGAUAAUUUAGUUUGCACCAAAGUGGCGGGCCAACAGACAGCUCCAGAGCGAUGCCGCUAGCGUGGCUAAAAAAUGUAACAAGCGAAUAUUUUCUAUUCCUGUCCAGCAGAUAAUGUUAUUGUAUUGCAUGCACAUUGGCUUCCACCCUUCCUUCUACUUCUCACUGAUUUCUAAACUACCUAUGAUGAUUGCCUGUGAAUGUUAAACUCUGCUGCUGCAAAAUGCACUGUGAGAAUCAGUUUGUUGUUGUUGUUGUUGUUGUUGUUGUGACUUGUAAUACCGUUACUGCAUUUAAAUGUAGCGUAUUUAUGCCCUUUCACUGUGCUAUAAUGUUGUGUAUCCUUACAGUUGUGCUGGUUUGGUUUAUGCAAUGGACUGCAGAGAUACAGGGAUAACAGAUGUAGGGAUUUGA